GCAAAUCUAACUGGCAGAGGACAGGAGUAGGCACCUCACUCACUGCUGCUGUGCCUUUCAGCUUCUCCAGCCCCCUCGUGGGCCUGAUCCUACUAGCUCCCAGGCACAGAAUGCUGGCCUGUUACCGACCCCCGGGGAACGAGACGCUGCUGAGCUGGAAGGCCUCGCGGGUCACAGGCACCGCCUUCCUGCUGCUGGCGGCGCUGCUGGGACUGCGCAAUGGCUUCGUAGUGUGGAGCUUGGCGGGCUGGCGGCCCGCAAGGGGGCGACCGCUGGCGGCCACGCUGGUGCUGCACCUGGCGCUGGCCGACGGCGCGGUGCUGCUGCUCACGCCUCUCUUCGCGACCUUCCUGGCGGGGCAGGCGUGGCCGCUGGGCCAGGCGGGCUGCAAGGCGGUGUACUACGUGUGCGCGCUCAGCAUGUACGCCAGCGUCCUGCUCACCAGCCUGCUCAGCCUGCAGCGCUGCCUCGCCGUCACCCGCCCUUUCCUGGCGCCCCGGCUGCGCAGUCCGGCCCUGGCCCGCCGCUUGCUGCUGGCCGUCUGGCUGGCCGCUCUGCUGCUCGCCGCCCCGGCCGCCGUCUACCGCCACCUGUGGGGAGACCGCGUGUGCCAGCUGUGCCACCCGUCGCCGGCCCACGCCGCGGCCCACCUGAGCCUGGAGACGCUGACCGCCUUCGUGCUUCCUUUUGGGCUGGUGCUCGGCUGCUACGGCUUGACGCUGGCGCGGCUGCGGGGCGCCCGCUGGGGCGCCGGGCGGCGCAGGACGCGGGUGGGCCGGCUGGUGAGCGCCAUCGUGCUCGCCUUCGGCUUGCUCUGGGCGCCCUACCACGUGGUCAACAUUCUGCAGGUGGUCGCCGCGCUGGCUCCGCCGGAAGGGGCCUUGGCCAGGCUGGGCGGGGCGGGCCAGGCAGCGAGAGCUGGAACUACAGCUUUGGCCUUCUUCAGCUCCAGCGUCAACCCGGUGCUCUACGUCUUCACCGCAGGGGAUCUGCUGCCCCGGGCAGGUCCCCGCUUCCUUACAAGACUCUUUGAGGGCUCUGGAGAGGCCCGAGGCGGGGGCCGCUCUAGGGAGGGGACCAUGGAGCUCCGAACUACCCCUCGGCUCAAAGUGGUGGGGCAGGGCCGGGGCGAUGGAGACCCUGGGGGCGGGGUGGAGAAGGACAGUCAGGGAUGGGACCCUUGACACCAAACCCUACCAACCCAGCCUGCUCUUCCCUAUCCCCUUCCGUCGUCCUUCCCCCAGAACUCAGGGAACAACUGGAGCGUUUGGGGAGCCUUCUCUGGCCACAGUUUGGAUCUUUCUGGGCAGGCCCAGGUUCCUCCAAACUGAGGGAUUGCAAGUGGUGGUGGUCCUUGUUAGUGAAUAUUGUGUGCCUGCAGGUAGGCAUGGACCUACAUGCCAGAACUGCUUACUUGUUGCCAAUAGCUACUGUGAAAUACACUGAGGAGGGGGGCAUUACAUGAUGGGUUAAGCAUG